AGAGAGGGAGAGAGCGAGCGAGCCGGCUUGAGCCUGCCAGGGAAGCACUGCAGCGCAGUGACAGUGACAAACACAGCAGAGGACGCCAGGCGGAUUCCCUUCCCCUCGGAGGGAGAGAGGCACAGCCCUCAGCCUGCAAGCCCUCAGCACCUUAAAACCUGAAACCGCACACCAGGACUGCUAACCAUUCUUCCAGAGACGCCUGGAUAUCAUCUGUCUGGCAGAAAUCCCUGAGAGCACCCUAACCGGCAGCGGCUGAGCCAUGGCUGAGGGGGAAGUCACCACAUUCACGGCCCUGACCGAGAGGUUCAAUCUGCCUCUGGAGAACUACAAGAAGCCCAAGCUUCUCUACUGCAGCAACGGGGGCCACUUCCUGCGGAUCCUCCCAGACGGCACCGUGGACGGGACGAGGGACAGGAGCGACCAGCACAUUCAGCUGCAGCUCAGUGCGGAAAGCGUGGGGGAGGUGUAUAUAAAGAGCACCGAGAGUGGCCAGUACUUGGCCAUGGACUCCGACGGGCUUUUGUACGGCUCACAAACACCCAAUGAGGAAUGUUUGUUCCUGGAAAGGCUGGAGGAGAACCACUACAACACCUACACGUCCAAGAAGCACGCAGAAAAGAAUUGGUUCGUUGGGCUCAAGAAGAACGGAAGCUGCAAGCGUGGUCCUCGGACGCAUUAUGGCCAGAAAGCAAUCUUGUUUCUCCCCCUGCCAGUCUCCUCCGAUUAAAGAGGUCUGUUCUGGGUGCUGACCACUCCAGAGGAGCCUGAAGGGGUCCUCAUCGGCUGACCCCAGAUUGUUCCCUUGACCAUUGGCUGCGCUAACCCCGGGCCCACAGAGCCUGACUUUGUAAGCAACGCGCUUCUAAAAUGCCCAGUUCGUUUUCUUGCAGAGCCCUUUACCCCGACACAGUUUGGAACAGAGGGGACCAAAUUGCUUCUAGGGGCCAAUCGGCUGGCCAGCCUGGGUCUGGUUUGGAGGUCCAGUUGCCUCUGGGCACCUGCUGCAGGCUGAGCCUCUCAAGGCAAAGGUGGGGCCAAAAGAAGUGUGUUCAGGGGGCUGCCGAGUGGGUCUUUCAGUAACUGCGUCCGGUUCCCUCCACCGAGUAAAGUUCCCCCAAACAGCGGGCAGGACACCUUUUGUCUUUUCGAUCCCCCACGAUUAUUAGAGAGAAGCUUAUGGCUAGGUUAGAGGGAGGCUGCGUUCCCUGAGUAGAAAUAGGGAUGAAGAAGUCCUUUCACGAGAACAGAAGGGGUUACACUGGCAAGGGGAGACUGCAUGCUGGUGGCGGCUGAGAAGGAAGGGAUGUCAGUGCGGAAUCGAUGGAGGAUGGGAGGCUCAGGCACGGGAAAGCAGAUGAACGCGGCGCCUUGGAAGUCCUUACGAUGCCCUGACUUUCCAAAGGUUAUCAGGCAACAGGGAGCUGCUGGGUGAUGUCAGGUGGCCAGCAUGAGAAGUGGGUUCUUGAUUCAAGGGCAUCAGAUGCUGGUAAAUUCAUUUGGGUCCUGGGUGUGGGUGUGGGAGUGAUGAGAAAGAAAGGGAAACCGGGCCGAGGGGUGGUUGUCCUCUGACGAGGAUGAUUCUAGAAGCGAGAAAGAAAGAGAAAGGGACGUGUACUUGGCCACCCGCAGGCAGAGGCUUUGGGGUCCCAGGGCAGUGCUCACGCACCGUAUGGGGAGCUUGUUUGAAUGUAGAUUCUGGUUCAAUGGGACUGGGGUGCGGUUUUGGCAUUUCUAACAAGCUCCCCCUGUAUCGAUGCUGCUGCGAACUCCCAGCAUUCGUUCAGUUGUGGUCCUGAAAGGAUGUCAGUCAAAUGAAGGUGGCUCAACCUUCCCACCCCCACCCCCUCUCCUCAUGCUUAACAACACUGUAGCAUUCAGGCACAUCGGCCCAGUUAUGCCUGUGUGAAGGAGCAUGUAUUUAAGGCGCUUUGGCCCAUUGCCUAUAAAAUGCCCAUUUAGAAGAUAAACAAAAGCAUACUUCAAAAAUGUUAAACCCUCACCAACAGCUUUUCCCAAGAGACCAUUUGUGUUACGAUUACUUGUAUAAAUAUGCUUCCUGCUUAACGUAAACCUGACCCAAGUGGCUAGCAAAUUAGAAACACCAUUCAUCUUUGACAUAUGAUACCGUUGCCCUGUAAAUGCCUCUAAUAAGCCAUUUAAAUUUACUAUGAGACUGUAUGUUUUAAUCACAUUUAAAAAUAUAUAGCGCAAAGGCAGUUAAACUGAUUAGCAUCCAGCCACUGAGAAUGACAAUAAUAGGAUACGAUGUAUAAGCUACUCAAUUAUCCGCCACUUAUACUCCAUUUACCUGUAAAAUGAGAUUUUCCUUUAUUUCCCACUGUGCUGUUAGACAUUUUUCUUUGAAAAUGGGGAUUUCUUAUGCAAUGAUGUGACAAUUGUGAAUGAAAACCGAUGAGAGUGUUACCUCAUGUUUUAUAAGGAGUGGAAGUGAUUAUUAAUUGAAAAACAAUUCCGUCAUAUGGAGAAUGGAAGGAAAAUGACAAUUUGUGAAGGUUCGAAGCAAUAGUGGAAUUGAGAACUGAACCGGGUUAAAACAAUGGUGAAUAAUACCAUCCUGCAUUUGUUUGUACAGCAAAACCAUCGCAUAACUUUUUUUUGUUUGUUUUUGUAACUUGGAUAAGACGAUUCCAUUUCAUAUUAGUAAAUCUUUGCAGGCAAGUUGGGGAUAGUACAGUGUGGCUUAACAUCUAUUUACUAUAAAGAUUUGGCCAGAAAAAGGUGCCCAAAGAGGAAAUCCAAGAUAUUUAUAAUGGUCCAUAAUUUUUAGAAUGUGAAUCAAAUUCAAGUAUAACGUUGGCCAAGAAAAUGUAAAUACUGUUGCUAACAGGUGAGGCAGAUGUCUGUCGUUCCAGAGACCCAACGCAUUGUAGAAGAGACACUACUGUGACCUCGACCCCCACAGGCCAGUCAUCACUCGUGUAUUCGUUCAAUGAAUACUUAUUAAGUGCCACUGUACAGAGUACUGAGGCCUCAAAGAACCUUGUCUGCCUGGUUUGCUGCUGUAUUCUCUCCAGGGCAUUAGAUGUAUGAUGAAAGAUGCUGUGGAUUCAUUUCAUCCAUCAAGUAAAAACAGACUUUUGUAGGUUCCUGCUGAAUAAACAGUCCCAGAAACCCAGGUUUGGGAAGAAUUAGCAACCCCCAGCAUGAGAUAAGCCCCUAUCAAAGUGUCAGAGGACAUGGCAAGGUAAACCUAACAUUUGCACCUGUAGAACCAUGUCAGGCAAAGAGCCUGUCAGAUGUGGUAGGAAGCGAGUGGUUAGAGGUUCUUCACUCCGUCUGAACAUGCUCUCGUUCCUUAAACAUGGAGCAUCCCUGCUGCUCUCUCUCUUCCUGGAGUCAGUCUUGUGGCCACUGCCUGUCACGUGCCUCUUGUAUGGGUUCACCUUCAGGCCAACUCUUAUGAGUUGCCUGCCAUUCUGUACAAAGCAUCAGGAGUGUGUGUGCUUUGGGUUGUUUUCAAUGUGCUGGUGGAGGUAGAGGUGGUGGUGAUCUGUUUCCUUGGAAGGGAUGAUAGCCAAGCCUCCUCUGGCCAACAGUGUGCACUUACAAACACUGAUCAAAGCAUCUUGUAUUACUGAAGACCAGGUACUUGCUCUGCAUCGGAGGCAAUAGAGCCCAAGACCUCAGCCUUGUAGAACACGAUGCCGAGACCAACCAUGCUCCUGGGCUGCAAAGCAGACCUCUGAUGAAGAUGCCUGUCAUUUUACAUCACUGUCUCUCUUUUUUUUUGCACCUUAUAAAUAUUAAUAAACGUUCUAGUACGUAA